AGACUGGGGGACUCUUGGAAAAUGGUCGCUUGGAAAUACUGACAGCUUGUAUAAAGAGAAGGAUAACAAGAGCUUGACCUCAGAGUCACAGACGCUAACAGCGAUGGCUGAGGCCGGGCAAAUCAGAAAGACAGCGGUCAAGGUGUUGGGUUGUGUGGAGAAGGUCUCCUCCUUCGCCUCGUCCAUCGACCCCCUCUUCGGCAUCGUCUCCUCCCUGGUGGGGGUGGUGCGCACAGGCCUGGUGGGCGAGGAGGCGCAUGCCCUGGACAAGGACUUCCAGGUGGUACAUGGCAAGUUGCAGAGCAUCUCGGCGAAAAACCAUCAGUGCCUGCGGCAGAUCCGUGUAGACGAGGUCAAUGAGACGUUCGGCAAGUAUGAAGAGUACAUCAAGCACCAGUAUGCCGCCUUCAGCUCCAUGGUGACGAUGGUGAGGAAGGACCCAGAGGGAGCGCGGCGCCACAUGGCCAACUUCGAGCGGGCCUACGAGAGGGACAAGAGUGACCUGAGCCUGGAUGUGUACUACCGAGGCGUCAUGGGCACCGGGUCGGUGUUUGGAAGGUCCCUGCUGAAGGUGUACCUGGAGCACUGCGACGGAGACCGCAGGGUUAUGGAGCACCGGUGCUCUCACCUGGGCCACCUGUUCCACAUCGGCCUGAUCGCUCUCAUGGCCUACACAGCGGUGACGGAGGACGACGAGGAAGAGGUGCGGGAGAAGUGGGCCAAGCGCGUGGAGGACAUCCAAGCCAAGAUGCAGGAGGUUUUGAGCCAGUGCAAAGAGGAGGAGAGGAGUCCGCCCUAAAGCUUGGGAAAGGGGAGAGGUGGGGGCCCUGUCCAGAAAUAACCCCUACUCCCAGUCCUGAAGUGCUACUGGGUGUGCAGUAUGUCCUGGGUGUUCCUGCCCUGCUCUAAUACAUCUGAUUCUACUAAUCACAUGCUCAUCUUGAGCCUAAUUAGCUAAACCAGAUAUGUUAGAGCAGGGAUGGAAUAAAAGCCUGCAGACCCAGUUGUUAUCCAGGAGGAGGGAUGGCCACCCCUGCUCUAACCCCCUUGUUAGAACUGAAUUUUAGCCAAGUAUUUUGCUUAGACCUGUCCAAUUUAUUCCGAUCAACACAAGUGCCAAGGGGUAGGGGCUAAGGGUUGAUUGUCGACAGGGCCAGCGAUUGAAGGAAGCUUCGGUGGGUUAGAAGUAGAGUUUUGUGGUUAAAACUGUAGAGAAGUGGUUCCCACUUUCUCAGCAACCACUCAUUCAAGUGGACCAAGUAAAACAAGGAAAUCAUAUAUUAUGUGUAUUAUGAAUAGAUGGAAAACCAAAUUCACAGUAAAAGCAAUCAAAAUAUGUUUUCUUUGUUUGUGCACAUAAACUGCAUGUUUAUUUUGGUUAACUGAACUCUCUGUUGUUGUGGUAAUUGUUCCUAGUUUGAAUUUGUGUUCAUUCCGCUGCCUUAUAUUAGGCUACCUGCCAAUACUUGCUCUGGCUGUCUGGUAAUCUCUUAUACUCUGUCUUCAAUAAAGAAGUCUAAAUUAUGACCAAUAUUA